UUGGACUGUGUCUUGGCUCAGCUCAGUCAGUCUCGUGCAGAUCGCCAGUGAAGGUGCUACUACAGAGAGUGAGUUUCGCGUACGCGUGUCGCCCAAAGCUAUAUCAAUCCCGUGUGUGAGUUUUGCAGUUCUCUUUCCUGCUACGACGGUGCUUUGUUUAGCCGUAUAACUAUAUAGCUGGCCAGUGGUUUGGCGAACGUGAGAAAUUUGUGUCGCAAAAUCGAUAAGGUGUGCAGCUGCUCUUACAAGGUAGACUCUCCCAAAACAUUUUGCAAACGGCAGGCGGACCAACCCAAACACGCGCUUCGUAUUUCCUCGACGGACGUCAACACACCCAAUACAAUACAGCCAAGUUAAUCGUGCGGUAGCAUUUGACCAGAGUGGACGCGAACGUCUCGAUCGGAAAACAGCUGAGCUGAGCGCAACGCCAGCACUUUUCGUUAAAAAUAAAACGUUAACGAUUGUGGGGAGCGCUUGCAGCGUGGACGUCACUACCGUGGUAUAUUGAGACCAGUCGGCAAUUCAGAAGCGUAUUCUUUCGACGAUAGUCACACGAAGAGGAUAACCGUAAGGCCGGGUGCAGUGUUAUAAAUUUGGUGAGCUCUGUAUGAUAUCCUGCUGUAGUGAUCCUGUUGUGUGCAGUUCAAGUCCAGUGAAGAAGUAAUUUCGGAAAAAUGUGGGUCGGCCUCCCAGGAAGAAAGGCCUGACACGACUGGAGUUCGUGAGAUUGUUUAGUGAAAAUUUUCGAAAAGUGCAAGGAAAAAAUUGUUCAUUUGCGGAGUGAUCAGAACUCCGUCAUCCCUACGGUUCAAGGGACCUUUGACUAGAUAGCGCGCGCAAUCGCGUCACGCAACGACUACGCAACGUCACACGUUUAAAGAUAGGCUUGUUGGUUGAAGUUCGCCAAACCGGCGCGUAACCGGCUUGAUGAGAAGAAAACCAGUGCAAACCGAUUUGAAGCAAUCGUUCGCGAGACUUAUGUAUUACAUCCGGAAAAAGGACUUUCCCAGUCAAGUGAGCCAUUGUCAUCGUUACUCCCCAAAGGACCCCCGCCUUAGAUCCAGGCAGCUCAAGUUAUCGACGUUAAUACGAGUGAAUAGUGCCAUUACCCGCCAGAGAACUAUACGUACCAUCAUAGACGCCGGCUCGGUUGAGACUAGAUAGGAACCGUGUUGCCGUGAGCUGGUGGCACCUUCCUAUAAAGUUGUCAUCAGCAGAAACCGUUCUCAACGUUUCCGGCGCGACUGUGUUAGUGUAUUGCGCAGUUCAAAAACAAAAGCCAAUCACAACCGUAAAUAUCUACAAGACCGAAAAAGCAAUAAACCAAGCCGAGUAGCAUCGUCGUCGCUAACGCCAUUUAUCUUCCUGGGGCCGUUAGUCGCCACAGAAGAUCGCUCCCGUUGAGAACGUUUCAAACGCUUGCCUUACGGGGUCGAGGUCGGGAUUGGUAUAUCCGGGCUUCGCACGCAUUUGCUGUGCAGGUGCGUCCUCAGCCAGCGCAACCAAAUUUCUGCCCCGAAUAGCAGAACUAGCUUGUGUAUCGCCCAGAAAGUGAACUAACGUGUACAAAGGUCUUGAUGUGCUUUGCCAACUGCCAGCAACGUGGAAUUGCCGCCGAUAUUUGGAAGCUUUUCCAAUAGGUCGGCCGCACACCUGCCCGCGCACAGUGAUUAUUAUUAGAUCUGAUAUUUCGCAAACUGAGCCAAUUACACCUGAAGGUCAUACACGCGGCUCCGAGGAUCACUUUGAAAGCGAAAGUUCAAGGCGCCUGUUAUAAAUUUCAUUGAAAUUAUUCGCUGUCGAUUACCUUCCUUCCUGCUCGUUUUGAAAUAAAACAGUUUAAAAAUAUACCGCUAAAAUGGUCGUUGAAAUCCAAAUCACUGAUCCCAAUAACAAGAGUCACAUGCUCCGGAACAAUACGGACACUCAGCUGAAUCAGAACAACAGCAAUCACAAUGGCACACGCUUCGGAAAAGAGGAACUGGAAGCAAUCAAAACUACGCUCCUCAACGCAAACGAAGUCACGUUUUGCAAUCUCUCCGAUGACGAUCAGGACGAUGAUCGUCGAGCUAUGUCGCAGCUGACGGUCGUUGAUCCCAAUCGUCGUAAGCCUCGACUAAAUUCGGAACUAUCAGAAGCUGAUUCGAUUCUCUCGUCAUACAAUGAACCACUAAGAAAGCCGAAGCCAAAGAUACCGGACGGUGGCUGGGGCUGGAUGGUAGUAUUCGCAUCGCUAGUGACCUCUCUCAUCAUGGAUGGCGUAUCGUUCUCUUUCGGGUUGAUCUACACUGAGCUGCUUGCGUACUUUGGGGAGUCAAAAUCAAAAACCGCUUGGAUUGGGUCCUUGUUCAUCGCCGUGCCUCUUCUGGUUGGUCCGAUUAUGUCCAACUUGGUGGAUCGAUACGGGUGUCGCAAAAUGACCAUGAUUGGAGGAACUGUUGCCACGAUCGGCUUCAUCAUUUCAUCAUACUGUCAAUCGGUUGAACAGCUGUAUUUCUCCUUCGGGAUCCUGUCUGGAUUAGGAUUAGGUGUUCAAUACGUCACCGUAGUUGUUUCAAUCGCCUUCUGGUUCGACAAGAAACGAACCUUUGCCACUGGAAUCGGUGCUUCUGGUACUGGCAUUGGCACUUUCCUUUAUGCCCCCUUCACCCAGUAUUUAAUAGAAAUUUUUGGUUGGCGUGGCACCACUCUGAUUCUCGCCGGAACGCUAUUCAACAUCGUCGCCAUGGGUGCCUUAAUGCGUGAUCCUGACUGGAUGAUUGAGGAGGAAAAACUAGAAAGUCGUUCGCAGAGCAUACAAACUUUCUCCAACUCGAGCGUUUGCUUGGACGAAAUUAAGAAACUCCUCGAAACGGGGGUGCCCAAAGAACAUCUCCUAGAUACAUUGGUAACGAACGUCAACACCGAAGCGAAUCAAGUCAUUCCACCGGAUGACCCAGCUAUUGCCAAAAAGUAUCAAUCCGAGCUAACACUGCCUACGUUCAUCACGCAUGAUCAUGAACUCGUUAAGCCGAACGUUCACAGUGGCAGUCGGCGUUCCCUCCGACAAGCCCUCUUCGCAAAGGAUGCUUUUCGUCGCCUAGAAGAAGAACAUUCCCCCGUCGAAGAAACGAAGAACAUGCUAGCUAAGCUUGCUAGCACAGAAUCGCUAAACUCGUACGAAAAACUCUCCAGCACUGGUUAUGGGGACGCCGGAAGCCUUGGGCGCAAAUCCUCACUCCAGACGCUUAGUGUCAACUCUUUAGACGAGGGAUAUCUGAGUUGUCAGCGUCAGAAAGAGCUGCAAUCCCGUGGAGGAGGUAGCACCUGGUCCCUGGACGAAACAAACCUCGCUCUGAAAAACACCUCCGACGACGAGAAUCAACGGUCAUUCCGGGGAACUUCACUGGACGUAGUCUACGAAAACGAGAUCUUCAAUCCCAAUGUUAACACCACGGUCACUCUGGUUGUACCGAAGCAGAAGAAGAUACACCCGAAGCAUAAGAAUGGUGGACUGAGACGGACCAACAUAUCGCAACAUCCGUUGCGGUAUUCCCACUAUCUGCAGAACAUGCGCGUUCAUCGCAACUCCAUUCACUACCGAGGUGCCUUGCUGAACACAGCCCGGUAUCGACUUAAGGCUUCGUCCUGCCCGAACAUCUACCGCAACUCUAUGACGACAAUUGCGAGGGAGAAGGAAGAGAUCUAUAUUGUGCCUUCACACAUGUAUCUGUUAAGAAAAUGGUACGACAGCCUCAUCGACGCCUUAAAAACCAUGUUCGACUUUUCACUUUUCUUCGAGUACAAAUUCUGUAUGAUGUCCAUUUCAACGUUACUUUUGUUCAUUUGGUAUAUCAUUCCGUACUUCUACAUCCCGGACUACAUGCUCAUGUACAAUUUCACGGAACAGGACGGUGCCAAUCUGAUCUCGAUCAUCGGCAUCACCAAUACCAUCGGUAUGGUGGGUCUCGGCUGGUUAGGUGAUCAACCGUGGGUCAACGUGUCCAAAACCUACGCAGUUUGCAUGUUCUUAUGCGGCGUGUCCAUCGCCCUGAUGCCCUUGGUGAUAACCAGCUACUGGAUGAUGGGUGUUUUGAGCGGCCUGUUCGGAUUCACGUUCGCCAGUACAUUCUCCUUCACGCCCAUCAUCCUGGUCCGGUUGGUCAGUUUGGAUGAUUUCACCGUUGCGUACGGGUUGUGUCUGCUGGUGCAGGGCAUUGGCAGUCUCAUCGGACCUCCGCUGGCCGGAUUCAUGUACGACAUGACCGAACAGUGGGACAUUUCAUUUUACGCCGCCGGAUUCUUCAUAUUUUUGUCCGGGGUAUUUGCCUGGGCCGUUGGCACACUGGACACCGAUGAAGAGAAGGAAAGCGAAGAACUCAGUUCCACGCUGUCGGAGUAGGUCUGCUUAAGAAUUGCAGCGUAAAGACGUAAAAGGUUCCUAAAUCAUGCGAAGCUUUCGCGUGUUUCGAAUGAGCUUUGGUUUGGAGAACCUUAAAUCCAAGACGUUACACAGGACAUAGUUGCUAGACUUAGUGAAAUGCAAUUACGAUCAAACUUAACACUACAUUUCGUACUCAUUUGAUUUUCUCAUUUUUCCUCAGUAUUCCUACCUCAAAAUUAAACCAGUUGUGAUUUUACAUUAUAAAACAGAAAAUUGUGCAAUUAAAUGAACACUUACCGUUGAUCAGGUAUCGAAUCAAGCAAAAAAAAUCAAACACAAAUGCCUUAUAGUUUCGACAUAACUCGAGAAAAUUGUAUUCUGAAAAUGUACUUUAAUUAAAGUUUAAGGUAGGAAGUGGAUCUCAAAGUUCUCUUUCGCUGAAUUCAGUUUCUGAUGAGAACGUCACAUCUAGAACAUUUUAGCGCUAACACAAAAAAAACGAAUUUAGAUCAAAGUUAGAAUUUCAACCAGACAUCAUACAGAACAAACCACGUAGCUGUACUUAGCGAGCAUUUGUAGCGAUGCCUUUAUUAGACGAGUACCAAAUUUCUAUUGAAUAGGUAGGAUGGAAUCAAGGAUACUUCGGUCCGCUGAGCUGAAGAACACGUGAUAGGAGUUUGUGCGUCCGAAAUUUGCGUUCAUUGUUCAAAGCUACAUAUUACGAAAAAAAAGAGGAACAUGCAUAACCAUGAUUUGAGAAGAUACUGUAACGUGGAUGGUAGGCUUAUUGAUAAUUUAUAAACGCAUAUAAAGAUCGCCUAAUAGUUUGCCAACCCUGGUAGCAAGCAAUUUAUCCCCAUUUCAUUCAUGCGAGUACUUAUUCUAAAAGAAGUGUAUUUAAAAUUGAACUCUUAGUAAAUAAACACAAAUAAAUGAA